AUGGCCCGAGUUCAGGACAAAACAGCCAUGGAGACGUUGUGUUUCCGGCUGCCCGGUCACGGGGACUCCACCCUGAAGCACAUGGACUCGCUCCGGUCCCGGCAGCACUUCUGCGACAUCACCAUCGUCUCCAGCGACAACCAGGUUUUCAAAGGGCACAAAGUGGUCCUCGCCGCCUGCUCUCCUUAUCUCAGAGACCAGUUCCUCCUGAACCCUGCGUCCAAACUCCAGGUGUCCAUGCUGUACAGCUCGUCGGUGGUGGUGGACCUGCUUCUGUCCUGUUACACUGGAGUCCUGCAGUUCAACUCCAAAGAGAUCGUGAACUAUCUGACCGCCGCCAGUUACCUGCAGAUGGAGCACAUCGUGGAGCGCUGCCGAGGAGCCCUGAAGAAGUACAUCCAACUCAACAACCUCAGCUCUCUGGGGCUGGAGGAAGAGGAGGGUCAGGAGAGUCCCGUCAUCGUCAGUGGAAGUGUGCAUUCACUCCCGGUCGGACCCUCCCCCAAACGACCUCUGACCCCCGAAGUUUACGACGACAGCCAAUCAGCUCACGGCAGCGCUCAGUUCCAGAGUGAGAGCCCAGUGGACAACGCCUGUAUCGAGGUGAAUGAAUCUGACGAGGAGGCGGCUGUCAGACAGGAGGACAGUGAGGUCUACAGAUUGUACAUCUCUGAAGAGGAAAGGAAUCACAAAGACGCAGUGAAGACUGACACUCAGUCUGGAAUGUCUCUCGGUGCGAUGACCAAACGAGAGGAGAUGAUGAUCGGUGAGGGAGGCAACUACGAGCUCCGUCCCUCAGAGGAGCAGCCGGGAGGCAGCCAAGAUUCUGUGGAGAAUUUACGAUUCGCAUUCAGGCACCGACUGAGCGACUUCAGGCAGAGUAAGAGCAGAGGCUUUAAGAGGAAGAAGUGGGCUUUUUCUGAAGAGAAGAGACUUAUGGGAGUCGCCCAUCCGCAGGACAUGUGGUUGUCCGGGGUUAGUCUGGCACUGGGCUCCGCAUACAACCAGGACACCCUCAAACCAGGGAGCUACAUCUCUGUCGAACUUCCACAGGUGGAUUACAGCCAAGGAGAGGGAGACAAGCAGGCCGCACAGCUCGCAGGAGACGACAGCGCAGAAGGAGGCUCUGGGUUAGAGGGGCAGGAAGCAGGAGGAAGAGGAGGAGGGGACGAGUCUGUGGCGGUGGUGGGAUCCACUUCCAGCAGUGGUCCUGGUCCAGUUAUAUGUGACUUCUGCGGGCUAGCGUUCCAGAGUGCCAACAUCCUGGCCCUGCAUUGCCGCACGUCGCACAUGCCCUACACCUGCCCCUGCUGCGGCAAAAAGUUUCACCACGCGACAAACCUGAGCCGCCACAUGUCGGUGCACCGGGCCGGCGGCAAGUCCCACCCCUGCCCUCUGUGCUGCAAGAGCUUCACACAGAAGUCCACUCUGAUCGAUCACAUGAAUCUGCACAGCGGAGAGAAGCCUCACCGCUGCGCCUACUGCCACGCCUGCUUCGCCCACAAGCCGGCACUACGGCGCCACCUGAAGGAGCAGCACGGCAAAACCACAGGGCAGAAUUCACUGGAGCAGCAGGAGAGGGAGAGGAGGGAGGCGCAGCAGGGCAUCGAGCAGCACUAG